AUGGUGCUGCCAUCGAGCGGCUCUAUCCGCCUCAUAUCCACCCGCCCACUAUAUGCCGCCUCAAAGACUAGAGCCGGAAAUCGGCCAUCCCGACCUCAUCCCAAGCAAACUGUCACCCCACCUGCCAUUCGGGUCAAGCAUGAGUAUAUCACCGACAUCUCCCUCAAGGGCACCACCACAACCUGCGCCGGCAUCCUGAACCCACAUCACGGCGGAAGCGUCCAAGAUGCCUACAACACCACGUUCAACCACCUCAACACCCCGAUCCGGCUGGGUCGAUCCACCAUCUCGCCCCCACCGGCCAAUACGGUCAUCUCGGAGAUGUACGCCCAGUAUAUCGGUCUCUCGCUCUGGCAGGAUCGGUUCGCAGGUGGCGAAGUCACGUGUCUGUGCGAUAAUAUAACGGCGGUGGAGAUACUCAAGGCGAGAGGGAGGGGGCCCGUACCCACGUCGGCCCUGCCCGGGCGGGCGUCGCAGCGGGCAAUAGGAUGGAAGAUUGCGGGGCAUAUGGCGAAGAUGGCGAAGGAGAAGGAUAUCAAGUUGGUGUAUGCAGUGAUUCCAAGGAGUAAGAAUCGGAUCUCGCAUGAUUUGAGUAGGUAUUCUACGGAGGAGGAUAUGGCGAAGCUGGAUCCGGUGAUGAGGGAGCAGGUGAGGGCAUCGGCGAAGAGAAUGAAGAGGUUGGGGACGGUGGGGCUGGCUAGUCAGUCACUGCUGAGCAGGCUGUUUAGGGAGCCGCUAGCUCGUCAGAUAGCACUUCAUGGUCACGCGCCAAGUGCCUCGAGGCUUUGUGUCUCCGCACACACUCGUGCCUUACCAGCCGGCAAAUCGCUCCCGAUCACCGUGACAAGAGGUCUAAGACGCAUCGCAUUAUCCCUUAUCUAUACAACCAUCACCUCCGGACCAUCACAUCAGCCACCAACAACCCGGCUCUGGCUCAUUCGUCCGUCUACACUCAUCGGCGCCCCCCAUCCCCAUCACUCUUCUAUGAAACUCCUGUCCGGCCUACCCGGCGCCGGAGGUCACGCCGAGGCCCAAGCCGAGCGGCCCCGGCUCACGCUAUACACCGACUACUCAGCAACUGGAUACGGUGCGGUCCUCCAUCCAUCCCCGGAUCGCCAAAGCGCCCUCAACGCCAUGGCCAUCGCGCGGCGCAGCCCUAAUAUGCCCCACGUCCUCGGCGUCAAGAGGCCCGCCCGUAAUCACUGCGUACACCAAGAGCUCUGCGCUAUAUUAUUGGCGACUGUCCGUUUCAAAGCGCAGAUACGGCGAACGCACGUAUCCUUCCAAACCGACAGCACGGGCGCGGCGGUCAUCAUGGCUCGUACCCUGCGCCGCGACUCGUCUUCAGAGGCGGAAAAGGCGGCUGAGGCGAUGAUGCCAGGAGUUAAGUCUGCAGGUCUUGCGGGUGCAAGUCCGAUGCCCUCCCAGCAGAUGCCAGCCGGUCAGAAGGGAGCGUGGGAGGCUAGAUGGCAGAUUGCGAUGAGGCGGGAGAAGGCACAAAAUGACAUUGAGAUGGAGGUGGGAUGGUUACCUCGGGGCAAGAACAAGCUGGCGGACAGGCUGAGCAGGGCGUCGGAAGAGCAGUACAAGAAGCUCCUGCCGAAGAAGAUCCAGGCGCUGCUGGUCAGCCGAGGAGCAAACGAUACGGCGCAGAAGGGGAAGGCGCCAGCGAAGGGCAAGAAGGACCAGAGUAGAGCCGUCAAGUAG